AGUUGAACAGUUGUGAAGGAGACGCUGGGGCCAGCGGUACUACUGCUGGAGUAGAUAAACAAUACACUGAUAAAUAUCAAUCGACACGCGUAAAAAGAGCAGGAAUAAGGGUAGCACCGAGUUAAACAUUGACUGUUCCUCUGGCGACUAUUACCAAGCGGAGAGACGCUUGUGUUGGACUUUUAUCGUACGAUUUUUGGGGAGAAGAGACGGCACGAGAGCAGCGCGAGGUGGUAAGGGAAGAAGAGCUGAAUGCUGAGGAGGAGUCUAGCCUACAGAAGGACUGGUCUAGGAAGGGCACGGCCUUACUAGGCUGCAGCCUUCCAUUUGUGAAGCACCCUAAGUCGCACUGACAGUGAUUGCAUCCGGCAGACAUUAGGUCCUGAGAGCAGCCGCCCGAGUCCAGACUUCCCUUCAUCCGCUCAAAGUUCAAUAUCUACUGAUGAGAGGGGGAAGGUCUGAUCACACAAUGGUGUCCACACAUGCCUGAUUUAACUGAGGAGAAGCUCCAUCACAAAGUUCAUUUAUAUCCAACUAUUGUUUGUCCUCCAUUCUCUGGCCUCUCCAGCUGAGUGGCUGCCCAUGUUCCCUAAGCUUUGUUAUUUCAGCUACACUGCGGGCAUGCUCCAGUGCUGAGCUCUGCCACAUAGCCAUACCAUGACCAGUCUAAAGCGUUCACAGACCGAGCGCUCGGUGGGCGGCUCUGUUCCCGCUACAGAUGAGUUUUACACUCGCCGUCUGCGAUUGCCCAAUGGUGGUGCACCACCCCCUCGCAGUGAGAGCACACACUUGACUGGCACGCCCGGAGUUCCCAAAAUGGGCGUUAGGGCACGGGUUGCUGACUGGCCCCCCAGGAAAGAUGGCAGCAGUGGAGGAAGUGGAGGAGGAGGAGGAGGGGGAGGAAAUGGAGGGGGGGUGUGGCACAUCACAGUGGAGACCGAUUCCCCUUCCACCACCACAGGAAGCACCCAAAGCAACUUGUCGACCAAGCUUGGUCACCUGAUCAGCCCUCAGGACUCAUCCAUGCUGCGUAACAUUCAUAACACACUGAAGAACAAGAUGCACAGCAAAGGUAAAGACAAUCGCUUUCUCUCCCCGGAUGGUUAUCUUGGUUCGCCCCGCAAGGGUAUGCGGCGCAUCCGACAGCGCAGCAACAGCGAUAUCACCAUCAGCGAACUAGACGGCGAUGGCAGUGAAGGCUGGUCUUUUUCUGGCUGGACACCCAUGCAUAGAGAGUACGGCAGUACGUCCUCCAUCGACAAGCAUGGCGUAUCUGGUGAGAGCUUCUUCGACAUGCUUAAAGGUUACCAAACCGAUGCUCCUGACCAGCGCAGCCCUGCCCCUGAAAAAUUGAGUGAGUUGCUGACAGUAGCCCAUAAACAAACUGCCCUUGACCUGCCUGAUGGACCUCUGGGUCCUCCUCGUGGCAGUCCCGCCAGUCGACUGAAAGAAAGAGAAAAACACAUGAAACGGCGUUCAAAGUCAGAAACGGGUGGAGAGUCUAUAUUCCGUAAGCUGCGAAGCGUCAAAGCUGAAGGUGAUUCGUCACGUGCAGGUUCUGAUGCAGAAGAUGGAAAGUCAGAUGAUGCAGGUCCUCCUCCCAAACCAUGGGUCUGCCAGAAGGGGUUUGCGCACUUUGACGUCCAGAGUAUUCUGUUUGACCUGAAUGAGGCAGUGCAAAGUCGACAAAGUGCGGUUAAGAGGAAAAACACCACCACCGGUGCCUCUGCUGCAGCUGCAGCCUCAGCCUCCAACACAUCAUCUCUCUCAUCCACCCAAAGUGGGGCUUAUAGCUCCCCUUGUGGCAGCCAAGAAGAGCUCAACAUCAAGGAUGGGCCUUCUCUUGACUCAGGUGACGACAAGAGCAACGAUCUAGUUCUCAGCUGCCCAUGUUUUCGUAAUGAUAUUGGUGGUGAAGGAGAGAGAAACAUAAGCCCUUCGAAGCAGGGCAGUAUCGGCAGUGGGGCCUCCAGCUCUUCAAGAGAUGAAGAAGGAUCCCCUGAAAGAGCUCCCAACACCCAUUUUAGCAAUGCUGGGGUGGCUGUUCUUGAAGCGCCCAAGGAUGGCAAGAGUCUCCACCAUGAUCGUGGAAAAAGCAACAUAGUUGAACAUGUGGACUUGGGUGCCUAUUAUUACAGAAAGUACUUUUACUUGAGAGAGCACUGGAACUACUUAGGUGUCGAUGAGACACUGGGGCCAGUAGCAGUGAGCAUUCGUCGGGAGAAACUGGAGGAUCACAAAGAGCACGGCCAACAAUUCAAUUACAGAAUCAUCUUCAGAACCAGUGAGUUAACAACCUUACGGGGCUCCAUUUUGGAGGACGCUGUGCCCUCCACCUCCAAGCAUGGCUUAGCUCGAGGCCUGCCUCUGAAAGAGGUGCUGGAAUAUCUUGUACCUGAACUCAAUGCCCACUGCCUCCGACUUGCCCUUAACACACCCAAGGUCACAGAGCAGCUGAUGAAACUGGACGAGCAGGGGCUUAGUUUCCAGCUGAAGGUGGGAGUCAUGUACUGCAAGGAUGGCCAGAGCAGUGAGGAGGAAAUGUACAAUAAUGAGGCAGCAGGUCCUGCCCUGGAGGAGUUUCUGCAGUUGUUGGGGGAAAGGGUGCGCCUCAAGGGUUUUUCUAAGUACCGUGCACAACUGGACACUAAAACGGAUUCUACUGGAACCCACUCUUUGUAUACAACUUUUAAAGACUAUGAGAUCAUGUUCCAUGUGUCUACAAUGCUCCCUUACACACCCAAUAACAAACAGCAGCUGCUAAGGAAAAGACACAUUGGAAACGACAUAGUUACAAUCGUGUUUCAAGAGCCCGGAGCAAAACCCUUUAGCCCCAAGAACAUCCGCUCGCACUUUCAACAUGUCUUUGUGGUUGUACGAGCACACAAUCCAUGCUCCGAAAACACCUGCUACAGUGUUGCAGUGGCACGCUCACGAGAUGUACCUGCAUUUGGACCAACUAUUCCUGAGGAUGCAACAUUCCCAAAGUCCACGGUCUUUCGAGAUUUCUUGCUGGCCAAAGUUAUUAACGCCGAAAAUGCAGCCCACAAGUCGGACAAGUUCCGUGCCAUGGCCACUCGGACACGUCAGGAGUACUUGAGGGACCUGGCUGAACGCCAUGUUACGAGCACACCUAUCGAUCCCUCAGGCAAAUUCCCUUUUAUUUCUCUGGCUCACAAGCGAAAAGAGAAGAACCGGCCAUACCUUGGUGCAGAACUGCGCAGUCCAGGGGCCAUCACUUGGCCUGUUUAUGCAGAGGACCACGGGGCUGGAGGAGAACUGGAAGGUCUGCUGGCCAUUUCCAAUGAUUUCCUUGUGCUUGUGGACCCAGAGGCUAAGGCAGUAGUCUUCAACUGUGCUGUCCGAGAUGUCAUUGGCUGGACAAUGGGAAGCCCUGCUUCCAUGAAGAUCUACUACGAGCGUGGAGAGUGCAUCUCGCUGCGCUCCAUCAAUAACAACACAGAAGACUUCCGUGAGGUUGUCAAACGUUUGGAGCAUCUUACUAAAGGCUGUGAAACCAGUGAUAUGACCUUGCGGAGGAAUGGACUAGGCCAGCUUGGCUUUCACGUUAACUACGAGGGCAUUGUGGCCGAGGUGGAGCCAUACGGGUAUGCCUGGCAGGCUGGGCUGAGGCAAGGCAGUCGAUUGGUCGAGAUUUGCAAGGUGGCUGUGGCAACACUUUCACACGAACAGAUGAUAGACCUGCUCCGCACCUCAGUGACUGUGAAAGUUGUGAUCAUACCACCACAUGAGGACGCCACGCCUCGCAGGGGCUGUUCAGAGCUGCACCGUAUGCCUGUGGUGGAAUACAAGGGUAGCAAUGAGAGCGGCUCAUUUGAGUACAAGUUCCCUUUCCGGAGCAAUAACAACAAAUGGCAACGAACCUCAUCCAGUCCACAGCGGUCCCUCACAGCCUCACCCCAGAGUCACAGCGGAACCCCAAACCGGGCCGUCAGCCUGGGGGCCAGCAUGGGCAAGGCUCUCUCUGCCGAGCGGCCUGAGAGAGCUACUGCCAUCCCCCGCAGCGUUUCUAGUGAUGGCCGGCCACUGGAUUCCAAAAGGAUGUCUCCAGGUUCUGAGAACUAUGCCCUGAGCUCCUCUCUCAUGUUGGGCCGCUCGCCGCACAACCGCAGUUCUCCCAGUAACCUCUCCUGCUCCAGUGACACGGGCUCAGGCAGCUCAGCUCACUGGAGGCAGAAGUCCAUGCCUGAGGGAUUUGCUCCCAACAGGCACUCCCCUCUCCCAGCGGAACGGCAAAUGGUGGCAGAAGGUGGGAGCAGCAGCAAGUCGACCCCCAGCUGGCCCAGAGUGGAGGACAACUCUGACAGACCACCAUCAGAUUCUCCGGUCACUAAGUCUAGCUCCUCCUACUCAGGCGGCCCACGGAUCCAGAGACAGGAGCAGGUCAUUCACCUUUCCCCCAAGAAGGGCAGCCAGUCGGAAGGUCCUUACUCCCACUCCAGCAGUAACACUCUCUCCAGCACCACGUCCAGUGGGGGUCACAGUGAUGACAAGUGGUAUGAUCUGGGUGGUGGAGGGAUAGGAGACCAGCCGGACUUAGAGCCGAACGGUCUGGGCGGUGGUGGAUACCUGCAGGGUGCUUCAGCAGACAGUGGCAUUGAUGCCACAUCGUACGCCCCCCCUCACGGGAGUUCCAGCUCUCUGCUGGCUGUGGGAGCUCCUGGGCCCAGAGAGCGAGCCCCUUCACCCUGGCACAGCCCCACAGAAGGGGGCCGUAGGGUGCUUGAGAGAUCCCCUCCCGCUGCAGAGUCUCCAGUGUCCCCUGCGGAUGGGCCACCUACUACCCGAAGCCCACCAACUCAUCUGCUGGUCCGGGAUGGCAGUUCAUACAGUCUGAGCGACAUGGCGUCCCAUUCCAGCACACGCCACGCUGUCAGCCCUGCAGUCCUGAGCUCCUGCCACAGCUCCCCACGUGAAGAGUCUUCCUCAGCCACCUCCCCCUCCUCCUCCUCCUCCUCCCAGAGCUCUGUGUCACCUGGCCCCAAGAGUUUCUAUCCUCGUCAGGGAGCCACCAGCAAGUACCUGAUUGGCUGGAGGAAACCAGGCAGCACCAUCAACUCUGUGGACUUUGGGGACACACGCAAAAGACCACAGGGUGAAGGGACAGAAGGUGGUUCAUCUCAGCCCAGGCCCUCUCUCAGAGAUCUGCACUCUCCUCAAGCUAUGUGCAAGUCCACAGUGGAAGAGGACCUGAAGAAAUUAAUCACACCAGACAGUCCCCCAUCCAAACAACACAAGGAGAAGUCCUCCUCGUCAGGUCCAUCAGCCUCAGGGCGGCGUUCUCUGCAACGCACCCUGUCAGAUGAGAGUAUAUAUCGGGGUCAACGGCUGCCAACUCUGGGAGAUUCCAUUCUGGAGCAGGCUCUUGCUAGCGACGUGCUCUUCAGCUGCUCUACCAUUCCACGAUCUCCAACUACCCGUGGCGCCCCAUUGCGUAGACCCUCCUACAAGAUGGGCAUCAAGAUGCAUGGUGACUUCUCAGCGUCUGACACCUCUCUAGCAGACCUGCACGAGCGACAGAGACUGCCUCCUCCUGAACUGGGUCUCAUGCCCCUCCCAGACACGGGCACUGACAGCGGAUUGGACUGGACCCACCUCGUUGAUGCUGCCAGUGCUUUUGAGGGAGAGAGAAGACCACAGCGCAUCCAGAGAGGAUUUAUGUUUAGUUCUCAGGACGUCAGUCAGAGAGGAGAGAGUUCACUCAGUCCUCAGCACCUAGAGCUUCAGCCAGUGCCCCACUCCAGACUCUCUCCCAGUGAGGGACCUAUAAGCUACGGUGGGAAGAUUUCUCAGCUGGAGGCUUUGGUGAAGAUGUUGCAGGAGGACUUGAAGAAGGAAAGAGAAGAGAAAUUGAAACUGCAGGCACAAAUUAAAAGGCUUUGGGAGGACAAUCAGAGGCUGCAAGAAGAGUCUCAAAGCUCUGCUGCCAAGCUCAAGAAGUUCACAGAAUGGGUCUUUAACACCAUCGAUCUGAACUGAGCCAUCUGCAGAAGACCGGGAAGAUCAGUUGACUUUCUAAGGACCAGACAAGAUGUGGGGGAAACUUAAGCACUACACCAUGUGCUACUGGAUUGAGGUUAAUCCAUUCACAAUUCAACAUAAAAAAAAAAUAUUUAUUUUCUCAAUUACAUUUCUUCUCGAACAGUCAAUUAUUUCAAAUUGUGUUGACGAGGAACCAACACUGGCAUGGCUCGGAGGUGGGCAUAAGAAAACAAAUCUUCACACCUUUCCUGUGAUUAGUUCUCCUCUCUAUAUCCAUUGGGAUAUCAUUAGAAGCGCCCACAGGAGUAAGCUACGGGCUGUUCCACUCUUGUCCCUCCUGUGCCCUACUUACGACUGACAACCUGACAUUCUGUUUCAGUCAUUUGGACAGUGCUACAGCCCUGCCCCAUCCAGACCUCAGAGACUGAGUAGAAGAAAAGAAAAAAACCGUUGACUCCUCUGCCACAGUGUGUCCUCUUUAUUUCACCUUGAGCACCACUUUUUGCCAUGUUGUGAAAUUUUGCAGAAUCAUUGUAGUUUUGGAGUUUUGUGCCACGCUCUGGCAAAUCAAUCCACAAAACUCCCUGCUCUUCGGAUAACAUUUGUAUUUCAACAGAAGGAAGAGACUGAUUUUUCUGAGGUGGAGUUUUUUUUGUUUUUUGAGGUGAAAGUGUUCUGCUCAUAAUGAAGUCAGUAGUUGUGUUGUGAUGUUUCUUCUCAACAUCAAUCAAAGCAAUAGCAGGGAGUCCUUGAAUCCUUGGCAUAAAGACUGCUCUGCAGGACUAAAAGCAAAACAUAAUGACUCUGGCAAUAUCCUGCCUAGAUAGCUUUUAAGCAAAGCUAUACAUCUCAAGUCUGUGGUACGAACGCUGAAGAUUGGAUUUUUCAGUCUCCAAGAAUGCCGAUCCGGAAUUUAAGACAAGUCUUAAUUUGGGAACAGUUUUGUUAUUUAUUUCAUUUAUGUUAUGAGUAAAUAAUGAAGAUUUGCUAUGCGCGCAGUACAACAGACAUCUGUGAAUAGCAGUUAUUUAGGAAGGGGCAGUCAAUUCUUUUGUUUUAUCUUAUUAUUUUAUUUUUUGAUUUCUGGUAGAGUUAAACAUGAUCUGCAGUAUCUUUUGUUGUGCGCAUUGUUGUGCCCUAGUCUGCUAUUGUGUUGCUUUAGUGCCAUCUAGUGGUGAUAAGUGAUUGUCUCACUUGACUUCAGCUGUAAUCUAUUCCAGUUUGUUUCCACGUUGCCUAUUCACACCCAUGCAAACAGUAGUGCUGGAAACCUUUCAUUCAAAGUUAACAAUAAAAAGCAGACAAACGGGUAUCGGAUUCAAUAUCAGGGAUGAGAGGAGGUGCCUUACUGAGAAAAAGGAUAAAAAGUCAGACUUAAAUGCAAGAAGAAAACGAGGCGCCUUGAAGAACUGAACCAUGAACAGGAGACACAAGUUCUCGUGAAAUAAGCAAUGGCCUGCUUGCAGGAACUAGCCUCAGAACACACACAUACACACAGAGUACGUCCUCGGAUGUUGGAUGAUUUUUUUUUUUCACGUGGCCAUUGCGUAAUGAGUGUGGAACCAGGAGGAACUAACCAGAGAGAUGGGUUAGUUAAGAACCAGGUUCACUGCCUGGGAUCAAUAAUAUUGAACAGCUUGCCCUGUAAUCUCGCUCCCAGUUAUAGCAUUUUGCGCUUGUUUUCAGUUCCUGGUUCCCUCCUCUGAACGUAGUUGCAUUUCUAGACCAGAAUGGUCAAUCAUCAAAGACUAAACACCCUGCCCUAGUUCCUUUGCUGACCCAGUAAUGUAUAUUAUAUAGAUCUCAAUUUUCUGGUUAGCAUGGCCUCUUUAUACUGUUGAGCAAGCACUAGCCAAUUUCUCAGUAUUAUGAAGAUGAUGUCGAUUUCUAAAUACUUUACGUAUUAUGAAGAAGAUGUGCACAAAUGAUCCGGAGGUAACUUCGAUUUGCGUUUGUGAAUUGCGUGCAGCGAUUAUCGAUUCUGUUCUAGGAAUCACUAGAAGUGUCUCGGAAACUGCCUCCCGAUACCAGCAGAGAAUGAAAAACUAAGAAUGCCAAACAUUUUGCCUCAAUCAAAGAUGAGCUGCACAACGCCAAGAAUAACAUGCCCAAGUGAAUUAGAGAUUAUUAGUUUAAUUUCCGCUCUGCAUUUUCCAGUUUUGCUCCUUCAGUCGGGAGGGUGUAAUAAGAGUAUUAAACUUCCUGACUGCUGAAAAUACGACUGCUAUUUAAUCUCUUAUCUCUCACCUCCCCUCUGGUUUGAUGAUAAUUUUUACAGCAUUUUUAAUUCUUAAUAAUUUUUAAAACAUAAAUGGUUUUGUUCUGAAAAGGUAAAAUAUUGAUGACUGUGGGAAUGUGAAUGUUUAUUUCUUUUUUCAUUCUCUCCUCUAUUUUCUUAUUUUGUUCUUAGUUUCCUGAUUUUAAUUUCUUUGCACUGUUUUUGUUUGUAUAAAUCUUCUAUUGCUAUUGAUUUAUGGAUAUGCAUAAACAUGCUCUUGAUGUUGUUUCUUGUUAUGUAUGCAGUCACUUUUGAGAGAGAUAAGGCUGGGAUUGUGCUUCCCUCCUUGUUCUCUUUUAUAUUGUGUCAUUAGACGUUUCUCCAUAUAUUCUCCCAUCUAAACGUUAAAGGAUUGUGUUUUAAUGAUGUGCACAGUUUAAAGAGGAGCAUUGCAAUUACAAACAAAAAGUACUGUUUACAUAUACUGUUCAUCAUCUUUGUAAAGUGUAGAGGUUUAAAAAGACAACUUCCAGUGAUUACAGUUUUAAGGUUUCAUAAAUAAAUAAUAAAAAAACUUGGUUCGAGGUGCUGUAAUUAUUCAUGAACUGGCCAAAACAAAUGCCUCGUGCUUGCCGCCUGCUCAAUGAGGUGUAAUCUGCCAUUGCUUUCUGAGCCAAUAAAUUAAUUUAAA